AUGGGUUUUGGAGACCUGAAAAGCCCCGCCGGUCUCCAGGUACUCAACGACUACCUAGCGGACAAGAGCUACAUCGAGGGGAGAAGGCCAGGAGUGAAGAAAGCUUUGGGCAAGUAUGGCCCUGCUAAUGUGGAAGACACCACAGGAAGUGGGGCUACAGAUAGUAAAGAUGAUGAUGACAUUGAUCUCUUUGGAUCUGAUGAGGAGGAGGAAAGUGAAGAAGCGAAGAGGCUAAGAGAGGAACACCUUGCACAGUAUGAGUCAAAGAAAGCCAAAAAGGAUGGGAAACCUUGGGACGACGAGACAGAUAUGGCAAAACUAGAGGAGUGCGUCCGAAGCAUUCAGGCAGACGGCUUGGUCUGGGGCUCUUCUAAACUAGUUCCAGUGGGAUAUGGAAUUAAAAAACUUCAAAUACAGUGUGUAGUGGAAGAUAAUAAAGUUGGAACAGAUAUGCUGGAGGAGCGGAUCACUGCUUUUGAGGACUAUGUGCAGUCCAUGGACGUGGCUGCUUUAAUAAGAUCUAAAAUCUACAUCAUAGAUCAUUGCCCUUAA